AUGGGAGACUCAGAGGCCAUCCUCAUCGGCGUUCUGGUUCCCGUCGUCGCCGUCGGCCUCAUAGUGCUCGGCUUGUUCUUUCUGGCACGCCAAAAGGCAACCGUCGGUCGUACUUUGAACCGCUCGGCGGCCUGA